AUUCAGAACUGGAGCAUCAAGGUGUUGCACAAGCAGGCAAAUGCUUCUUGCUGAUGUGUUCAGUCUAUCAUAGUUCCUAGCUCUAUUGUUGCAAAUUCUUUGCUUUGCUGCUUUGGUGUAACAUAGAUGACAAUUAUGUUAUUCCUUUACUUGAUUUGCUUGGAUCUGGUUGUUUAAAUAUUUUCUUGUGAAUUGACCGAAAGCUCAAAAUGGCUGCUGCAGCUGUGCAGUCAUAUCUUGAUUUUCCAAGAUCUUAUCCUUGUACAAUGUGCUGUGGAAUAAAGUGUACAAUGUGAAUCACAUUCUGGAGUACAUUAUAUUCAUUGUUCAUUGUGCUGGGUUGCAUAUGAUUUGAACGCCGGAGUUUGCAUUUGUAUACACUGAUGUUGAGUGAACAAAAACUUAUGGUGAUCUGAUAUCUUCUUGGGCUAUUAACACGCUUUCUUUUGUUUUUUUGCGGGUGAUAGUGUUGUUGAAUGAGAUGACUGAAAACUCAAAUCCUUCAAAUGAAGUCUUCAUUGUGAAGCUGGACAUUAUAUUCUUGUAAAUGCCUGCAUAAUUCUGUCUGCCACACAUGUAUACUGGCUUGGGGGGCAUAAUUCAGUAAAAUAUAGGCAAUUUGGCAUAAUUUUGUCUCACAAUAAUCUUGUUCUUGCGUUGCACAUUGAAUGAAAAAUUGAAGUCUUGGGAGCUGGCAUUGCAUUAUUAGCAGUAUUAAGUAACAUUGUUUUUCUGACUAGAGCCCUUUAAUCUUGGCAUUCUGCAUACACAAUCAGUGGAUCUCUCCAUUCUGGAAUUUUCUGAUGACACUGUGUUUCUGAAGUCAGGUUGAGUUAAAUUAUUGCUCCUGGGUCAUUAGUAUCCUGAUGAUCAUUUCAGGGGCAGUACCCAACUGAAGGACAGCUUGCUAGUUUUUUUGUUGGGAGGGCCGAAAGCAUUGAUGAACUUGGACAAUUUGCAGGUACUUAUUCAAAGCUCCAUCUCGUGAUCUGCGAGUUGCUGCAACCUAAGUUAAUACCAGCUAGACUGUCAUCUUCACACAAGCCGUGUUUGUCAUGCUUAAUACAAAAAUGAAGCACGUCUCAAGCUGUCCUAUUAUACAUAAUGACUGACUUAAUGACUUCACCUUAUCUCCUUGGUUAACCUUUUCAUCCAUCAUGAAAAAUAAUCUUUUGUUGUCUGAAGUGCUGUAGUUUCAAUCCUGCACAGGGCCAAGACUUGAACAAUACAGAUUUCUGAGUUACAAGGUUUGAUAUUUCGUAAGUUAGUCAAUCAGAUGAAGGAGUCUUGCACAUCUUGAACAUGUCUUACAAGUCACAAAUCACAUAGAAAAAUUAUGAAUUGCAAGCUGAGCUUUGUUCACCUCCUUUUAUCGUAUUUUAUUUUAUUUAUUACCUCCAGCACUUCUUCUCCAUGAUCACCUACACCUCCAAUUAUCCUAUGUCUGUUUUCCUUUGUAACUUAAUUGCAGAUCAUGCGGAUCAUUUAAUGCAAGCAUAUAAUUGCCUUGAUUAUUGAUCUUUUCUUUUCUUAGGCCACGAGUUGUGACAUUAUAAUCAUCUUGGACCCUUGGGACAUCACUAAGAUACUGCUGUCUCUUAAGUGGCUCAAGGGGCAAAUGAUUUUGUAUGCAAUUUUUCUAGUAUCUGAACAGGAAGAUUGAGGGAUGGGGCAUUGCGUUUCAGGCAUUAACUACUACCAUCUUGCUGUCAUUCUAAUCUGGAACUCGAGUCAAAAUUAUAUCUGAAAAGAUUCCAUGAGAAUGCAGUAUAAAUGAUGUCCUCGCCUGCACCAUGCAUACAGACAUUGCCAAGUAGAAAAUAGAAUUGAAGGUUCAUAUCAGCAGAAUGGAAGCAAAGGGCGCAUCCAUUUGGAGUGAGGAAUCUGAGAUGAUUGCUCACCUGCAGUCCAUGUUCUGGAACAGCAGUGAUGCUGAUGUCAGCCUUUCUUCCCCCAACAGUAGCACCAGUUCUUGUAUUGAACCUGGCACAUUGCCUACUGCCUUGUUCCUUCCACUUAUUGAAAAAGAGAGUUAUGACACAGCGCCAUUGCAGAACGCUGCCACAGAUUGGUGCUUUGAUCACCAGAGUGAGGCCUUUGCUUCAAUUGAUAAUGCAGUUACUGGUGACAAGAGGGCCCUUCUCAUGGAUGAGAGAAGGAAGAAGAGUAAGAACAGUAACAAGAAACCCCGUAUUAUUGCCCCAGUACUGAUGACAACUUCAAGUGCUCUUGAUGAUAAGGCCAAUACUGAGCUUAUCAAUCUCAGCAGCUACUGGUGCUGUAGCUCUGAAGAUGAUUCUAUUGGCGUGUGUGAGGAAUCUGUUGUUCUGAAAGAAAGUAGCAGUUCUAGAGGUCGUAGUCGGUCCUCAAAGAAUUCACAGAGUCUUUACGCAAAGAAGAGAAGAGAGAGGAUUAAUGAGAAAUUAAAAACACUGCAGCAGCUAAUUCCCAACGGCACCAAAGUUGACAUGAGCACUAUGCUGGAGGAGGCAGUUCAGUACGUCAAGUUUCUGCAGCUGCAAAUAAAGCUAUUGAGCUCUGAUGAGACAUGGAUGUACGCUCCUCUUGCCUACAACCACUCGAGCAUUGAUAUUAAUCUGAAUUCUUCUGCAAAGAAAUGAUGACUAUCCAAAAAGAAUUGGGCAAACUGAUCAUAAUUCAGAAGGAUGGGACCUGUCAAGUCAAACCCAGUACAUGUUGCAUCUGUUUUUUAGACCUGUAUUUAACCCUGACUUUACAUAAUUCAGUUGCUUCUUGUAAGUAAGAGCAUGAGAUUAAUUUAUGAUACAGUUGGAGCAAAGGAUCUCCCUUGUCAAAUGAUGAGAUAAUGUAUCAAAGAUUUCUACAGAAUUUACAAUCAUGAGGUCACAGUGGCCUACACACAUAGUAAAA